AUGAAUACAGAGUCCAAGACAAUAAGUCCAAAGGUAUUAAGUCAAAAGGUAUCAAGUCCAAAGGUAAUAAGUUCAAAAGUAUCAAGUUCAAAGGUAAUAAGUCCAAAGGUAUCAAGUUCAAAGGUAAUAAGUCCAAAUAUAUCAAGUUCAAAGGUAUCAAGUCCAAAGGGAUCAAGUUCAAAGGUAUCAAGUCCAAAGGAAUCAAGUCCAAAGGUAAUAAGUCCAAAGGUAUCAAGUCCAGAGGUAUCAAGUCCAAAGGUAACAAGUCCAAAGGUAUCAAGUCCAAAGGUAAUAAGUCCAAAGGUAUCAAGUCCAAAGGUAUCAAGUCCAAAGGUUUCAAGUCCAAAGGUAUCAAGUCCAAAGGUUUCAAGUCCUAAGACAUCAAGUCCAAAGGUAUCAAGUCCAAAGGUAUCAAGUCCAAAGGUUUCAAGUCCAAAGGUAUCAAGUCCAAAGGUUUCAAGUCAAAAGACAUCAAGUCCAAAGAUAUCAAGUCCAAAGGUUUCAAGUCCUAAGACAUCAAGUCCAAAGGUUUCAAGUCCAAAGGUAUCAAGUCCAAAGAUAUCAAGUCCAAAGGUAUCAAGUCCAAAGGUUUCAAGUCCAAAGACAUCAAGUCCAAAGGUAUCAAGUAGGGGUGUGGAUCGUCGGAGUGUGGGAAACAGUGAAUGUAUAUAA